AGGAGUUUCCUCCGCUUCCCAGAUAAAACUCGGUGAAUUGGGCUAGCUCUCGGAUGUGUUGGCCGUUGGAGAUGUGAGGCGCCCAGUUUAAUAAUAGAUCAUCCGGCCGGUCAUAGGAAAAUCCUCCCCGCUGUCCGCCGGAGACGCUUCUGCUGGGAUCGAAUCCGUAUAUCGUGAAAACGCUCGGCUGGAAAAUGCAGAAACCGUUCGAAGAUCCACCCGUGAUCGGUGAUUGGUGUCGGGAGAAAAGGCUUGGCUCGGGAGGGUUCGGUGUGGUUACACUCUGGAGAAACAAGCUUACCCAGCAAACCGUCGCGAUAAAGAAAUUCCACAUUCUGCAAGAUAGGAGCGAAAUCACCGAUAAACACAGUGAACGAUGGCGCAACGAGGUGCAGCUGAUGACGGAGACGGUGCGUAACGACAACAUUGUCCGCACGGUUCGCGUCCAGCCAGACUCGUUCGUGCGGGAGCUGUUGCGUAGCUCCGCCAAUGGGCUCCCGGUUCUGUGCAUGGAGUACUGCGAGGGGGGCGAUCUGCGGCGUGUGCUGAAUCGCGUUCAGAAUUGCUCCGGAUUGCGGGAACAGGAAGUGCGUGAAGUGUUGCGCUCGCUGCGCAAUGCAAUCUCGUAUCUGCAUAGUCUAAAAAUAACGCACCGCGAUAUUAAGCCGGAGAACUUGGUGCUGAAACAGCAGAAUGAUCGGAUCGUGUACAAGCUUACCGACCUGGGGUACGCCAAGGCGUUGGACAAACAAAGUCUCCAGGCAAGCCUGGUCGGGACGGUGGAAUAUAUCGCACCGGAUCUGAUCUACUGUGAUCGUUACAACAACUCGGUCGAUUACUGGUCGAUGGGUGUGAUUGCAUUCGAGAUCGUGACCGGUGUGCGGCCCUUCAUUCCUCACUCACCCAUCACCAAGUGGAUGCUGCACGUGCAGCAGAAGAAGUCGGCCGACAUCGCCAUUACGGAGGACAACCGGGAUAACUACAUCUAUCAUAGUGAAAUUUUCCCCGAGAAUCACAUCUCCAAUGGGUUGCGAAAGGAGCUGGAGCGCUGGCUUAUGCUGGCUCUCGAGUGGAACCCGAAACAGCGUGGCUUUGUCCCUCACGCAGGACCUCCGAAAGCGGUGAACAUGGUCGAAGGCAAAGCGGCAGCACCAGUAGCAGCGUCCCAACCAGCACCAGUAUCGAUGGUAUUGAAGAUCUUUUCACAGCUCGAUCAACUGCUCGAGCGCAAGUUUCUUACCCUUUUCUCGCUGUACGAUUGUCGCUGGGUGAGCGUUGAGGUGACGGCAGAAACGACAAUGGCUACAGUGCGACAGGAGGUGUACCUUGCCACGGGCAUUCCGGUGGAGGAGAUUGAGUUCAUUCUUCCGCUCGAGCAGAAACGCACACGUAUCGAGGUAGACACGCGACCACUGGAUCUCUGGCUGCCGAGUGUACAAGAUGAUCGACCGAUGCUGUACGUGGUUCACGCCGGCAAUGCGGGUGCGAUCGUGCAGCGUGACUUGAAGCCACGCAUUCCGACAAGUAUUACGGAUGUGUUUCAGAACAUCAAGGUGAAACUGAAGCCGCACAUGCUGCGCCAGUUCAUUGCGAAUGCGUACUACUUCAUUGCAACUGAGCAGCGGCAGUAUGUGCUGCUGCUGGAUGGAAUCCGAAACUAUGGAUUGCUGCUGAACGACGGAAUUGCACGCCGGCGGGAAGAAAUCGUUCAGAUGAACAAGAUCGUGUACGGUAUUCUCGGAGGUGUCGAGUACCACAAGCUAAUCGUUUCGCACACGCGUGAUUCACCGAUUUUGAAAAAGCACAUGCCAAAGAAUGACUUUGAGGCCGCUUGUCGCGAGUGGGAGGAAACCUGUACCCGUUGUGAGACGAACGUUCGCAAGUUGGCCGAGAUGGCUGAUAAGAUUAGUAAACGGUACGAGUCAGUGCUAAAGCGGAGUCGGGAUGCACUGCGUCAUCCACUACUAUUGGCCCGCUCCGACACCGAACAGCAAACAACGGAUUACUUUGGAUUGAAAAGCGUCGAAGGACGCUACGAGCAAUCAAGGGCACGCAUUUUGGAGCGCAUCACCAACGAAAAGACGCACAUGGAUAUGGCCCAGGCCGUGUAUGAGUGUUUGAAGCGCCGAGAUGUAUUACUCCGAGAUCCAGCUUUUUUGGAGCUACAACAGCAACUGCUUGACAUUCGCAAAGAGAUGCAAGAAAUCGAAAAGGUGCUACAGAAGGUGGUGGAGCUGACGGAAAAGUUUAAACGAGAUUUAGCUCACCAAACGCUGCGGCAGCAGGAUGGAGUGUGGCAACUGUUCCAUAUGAAUUCCAGUGCCGUAAACGGAGUACCAUCUGUUGGCAAGAUGACAGAAUCGGUCCCGGAGCUCGAUCGAAUGAUGACGUCGCCUUCCAUAAGCAAUGGUGGGCCGAAAUUUCUUCUCGGAGGACCUAUAACUCCACUUCACGCGGCUCUCAGCAGCGAGGGAGGGGCGAUUGACGAGAAUCUCCUAUGCUUUGGCGAGGGUUCUGAUGUGAAUGAUUUGAUCUCGGCCAACGAAACGCUGAUAGUCACGACAAAUGAUCUGCUUUGUGAUAGUUUUACGAUGCUGAAUGGAGCAUAGGAAAAGGUUAAUGUACCGGAAUGCAUCUUUAAUGUGAAUUCUUCGUUCGAUAGAAUGUGCCUUGAACCAAAUGGUGCUAGCAGUGAAGGGUGUUUCGUGUUUUAAGUAAAACUUACCGUCAUAAUCGCACAGAUUGAAAUAUAUUGAAAAGUAUUUGUUGUUGAUUCGA